CUCAUCGCGGUGCAAUCGGCGGCGGAGGCACGCAUUGCGCUGAGCACGCGCGGGCGAGCUAAAAGGACAGCAGCGAGCGUUGCGCGCAUCACUGCGAGGCGCAGCGCUCACAGCGCGAGCGAGACAGCGCAGCGAGGCGGGACGCGCAAGCGCUAGCAUCAGCAGCAACCAUGCGCUUUUUACACUUAGUCCGCCCGGUCAUGGGCUUGCUGCCGGAGGUAGUAAUGCCUGACCGCAAGAUUCCGUGAGGCGCCCGCGUGCGAAACAUAUGUGCCGUCGCUGCCGCGCGGCGUCGACCGACCGACGCAGAGGGCCUCGACAGCUCGUCAGCAGACGCCGACGCCGCCGCGACCCCACGCAACACCGCGCGCAGGUUCCGCGAGAAGAUCCUCUGGACCGUCACGACGUUGUUUAUCUACCUCGUAUCGUGCCAGAUCCCCAUCUACGGCGUCAAGACCGCGAAGUCGAACGACCCCUUCUACUGGAUGCGAGUGAUCUUGGCGUCGAACCGAGGGACGCUGAUGGAGCUCGGCAUCUCGCCCAUCAUCACGUCGGGGAUGGUCAUGCAGCUCUUAGCGGGUGCUCGACUCAUAGAAGUGAAUCAAUCACUAAAGGAAGAUAGAGCGCUGUUCGCGGCGGCCCAAAAGCUCUUCGGCAUCCUCAUCACGAUCGGCGAGGCCGUGGCCUACGUCGGCAGCGGCAUGUACGGCCAGGUCUCGGAAUUAGGACUUGGUAAUUGCGUCCUCAUCGUGGCGCAGUUGGUCUUCGCGGGCUUCGUCGUAUUGAUCUUGGAUGAGCUCCUGCAGAAGGGCUACGGCUUAGGCAGUGGUAUAUCAUUAUUUAUCGCGACGAACAUCUGCGAAAAUGUGAUCUGGAAGGCGUUCUCGCCGACGACGAUUAACACGGGCAAGGGCACGGAGUUCGAAGGGGCUGUUGUGGCCUUCUUCCACCUCAUGAUGACGCGGUCAGAUAAGGCUAGGGCUUUAGCUGAAGCACUAUACAGGACGAACCUGCCCAAUCUCACCAAUUUACUGGCAACAGGCUUGAUCUUUGUGGUCGUCAUCUACUUCCAGGGCUGGCGCGUGGACCUGCCGGUCAAGUACCAAAAGCACCGGGGCCAGCAGGGCACGUACCCCAUCAAGCUGUUCUAUACGUCGAACAUGCCGAUCAUCCUCCAGACGGCGCUGGUCAGCAACCUGUAUUUCCUCUCGCAGAUGCUGUACAACCGCUACCCGGGAGUAUUUUUAAUCGGCCUUAUUGGGAAGUGGGGCAAGAAGGAGGGCUACGGCGAAGCUACCGUACCGGUUGGCGGUAUCGCGUACUACAUCUCGCCGCCGCGGUCGAUGAUGGAGGUCAUCUACGACCCCGUGCACGCGGUCUUCUACAUCAUCUUCAUCCUGGCGUCCUGUGCUGUUUUCAGUACGAUGUGGAUUGAGGUGUCUGGCUCGUCGGCGCGGGACGUGGCCAAGCAAUUGAGAGACCAGCAGAUGGUCAUGAAGGGCCACCGCGACAGCGCGCUGGUCCACACGCUGAACCGAUACAUCCCGCCGGCGGCGGCCUUCGGCGGCAUGUGCAUCGGCGCUUUGACGGUCGUCGCGGACUUACUCGGAGCCAUUGGCUCGGGCACCGGCAUCCUCUUGGCGGUGACCAUCAUUUACCAGUAUUAUGAGAUGUGAGCGCCCGCGCCGAAAUUCGCUUCCCACGCCAUCGACGCGUUACCGCGCCUCCGACGCAGGUUCUCGAAGGAGCAGGGCGAGCUGGCGGGUCUGAUGUAGGCAGCUACAGGCGCUGAGCGCGCGGGUUCUUGGACUCGCGGGCCUCGGCGCGCCGUCAUCGUGCGCGUGUGUGCGUGCCUUCGGGCGCGUACUCUGGAAUUGCCAAUCCCACGCGACGCGGGUUCUCAGGCCCGCGGGCGGUCAGACCCCCGGCACGCACCCUCCUCUUCCCCCGCGCACACUGGGCGCUCCCCGCAUCCCUCUCCCCUAUCGUCUAACUUGGCUUCGGCCAUA